AUGGUUGAUAAAUAUGGAUUAUCUCAGCGUAAGCAACAAAUGAUACAAAACACCUUUUCUUCUGAAAUAGCAUCUAUGCCUAAAAAUAAUAUCUCAAAUGAGCAGACAAAAAAGAAAAGAUCUAGUUCUAGAUCAAUUUACUUUUCUUACUUGUCUUCUAAUAGUGGAGAGAAGAUAAGAAAAAUAAGUGAAAAUAUUAUAAAUAAUGACAUUCCUAAUACAGAUAUAGUUGCCCAAAUUGAGUGA